AAUGACCAUCGAUGCAUAUCGGGGAGUAUCGCCGACUUGCGCUGGCAAGGUCACCGUUGUUAGCUCACCCCACGAGCUGCUCAUCUUUCUCGGACCUGCUAAUUGCAACUGCACAGCGAACCUUGAACCACCAACUCCACGAUGGACGAGUGUGGACUUGGUCGCGAUUUAGCGCAUUUCUAAGCGCGCUUGUUGCAACGAUAUCGUGGCGUGACGUUUCUUAACCUAAAACCAGCGGUGAUCUCUUCAGGGUAACCUCUACGAUCUAUUCGCACCUUUUUCUUCGAUGCCGGCCGGCAGGUACGUCCACGAUAGUGAAUCUUGCCGGUAGAGUUUUGGGGGGAGUAUUCAUAUAUAAGCUGAAGGCGGGAUUGAAGAUUUUAUCAGUUAUUCAAAUUUUCGUGAAGUCAACGAAUCCGAACCCAACGAUCUGCGAAAAUGAAAUCCUUCGUCGCAGUAUUCGCCGUUGUAGCCCUGGUCGUAGCGUCGGUUAUGGCCGCGCCCCAGCAGGGACAGGACUCCACACCGAUCCCGAUCGUUUCCCAGUCCUCGAACCAGAACCCGGACGGAAGCUUCAACUACGCGUACGAGUCGGCCAACGGCAUCAAGGUGCAGAGUGAUGGCGAGGCCAAGCAGAUCCAGGUCCAGAAGGAGGACGGAACGGGCUCGGAACAGGCGGUGGUGUCCGUCCAGAAGGGUUCGUACUCGUACAACGCCCCGGACGGAACGCCCAUCUCGGUGCAGUGGACCGCCGACGAGAACGGAUUCCACGCCCAGGGAGACCAUUUGCCGGUGGCGCCGGUCGCAUAAGGUGAAGAGUGACGGUUCGAAGGAGUGAUUUUGAGUAAGGUUCCUUAAGAGUUUUGAUAUUUGUGUACAGAGUGGUAAUAAAGUGAUUUAAUCGA